GUUUGUCGGCGGGAACCCUCUCUGAACGUUGCCGCAUCGGCUGCACCUCAUCCGUUACGCGAGGUUUGGUAACUCAGGCACGGUCGAGCAAAGCGGACGGGGAAGACGGCACGAGACACGUUUGGCGCACGUCAAGGGUUGAGUGUGAAUCACGAAUAAGCAGACAGGCGGGGAAUGCGGGAAUGAGCGUGGCUUAUGCGCACAGAUGUUUCCGCAUGCGGUCAUAGUCCUUCUCGGCCCGUAGUGGGCCAAUGCCUCCCGUCACACCAGGCGCAGUUCAAUGGGGCCUUUUGCGGUGAAGGGGGUAAAAUCAUCUCGUGCUUCACAUGCUGGGUGUUUGCUCACCCAAUUCGUCCCACGACCAUGUCCCUUGAAUUACCCCUAGUAUCGCGCAACGGCCGGCUUUUUGAUCCCAUCACUAGCACCAUUCCCCGCUUCCUCGAGAUGCUGGCCAAACCACACGUCCCGCCCAUACCGAUGAAGUCGUUUCAUCUCUCAUGUCUAGACCAAAAUGUAGUGCGCGUUUACAUACAGACUCUGUGUAUCUUUCCAUUUCCGGACCAGAAUCUCGCCGAAGAUGCCAUACAAUCUCUGAGUGCUGGGCUACGCCUCACACUAAACAAAUUCCCCUUUCUCGCUGGCACUCUCACACUUGCCGACCGAGAAGCGGGUAAGCUUGCUCUCCACUACCCAGCGGAGAUAUCGAGCCAGCAUCUGAGUCGUAUCUUUCGGUCGAAGCAGAUCCCGUACCAUGAGAAGAACUUCCCACAUACCUACGAGCAGCUCAAAAGAGAUGGCAUGCCACCUAGUGCUUUCACGUCAUCGAUGUUUGUCCCGGAAGAUCUCGCAGAAUAUCCUGGUAUUCCAAGAGACGGCGAGGGCAAAGUAGACUUCAAUAAGAGCGAUGCACCGGCAAUGAGAACUCAGGCUUUCUUCAUACCUGGUGGUCUUGUGCUCUCGAUGUACAUGCAUCACAGUGUCUUCGACUUCUCCGGCGUCACCCUUUUCUGGCAAACCUUCGCCGAGAAUGUUUCCAGCCUUUCGAAGCAGCAACUCUUCGAAGAGCACAAAAUCAUGGAUAUGGAAAGCGUCGCCGAGAAGCAGUCUCUGAUGCGGAAAGCAGUUGACGAGCAGAUCACGCCACCACAAGCCAGCGCCAGCGCAGACUGCUAUUGCGAUGGCUCACCUCGGUAUCUUCAAACCUUGCCUAAAGAGACGAAAUGUACCCAGCGCCUCUUUGCCAUUCCAGCAUCACGAGUACGCGAGUACAGGGAAACUUUACGCGCCCAGUUUCCGGAGAACACUCCUCCGACAAUGUGCAAUGUGCUUGCAGCCCUGGUCUGGACGCAUGUUACCCGCGCUAGAGCAAAUCGCUUGACCAAGUGCGGGUUAACAGAAACUAGCAUCGGUAUUGCGACGGACUUGCGAAGACGGCAACGACCUCCGGUAUCCACAGACUACACAGGCAACAUGGCGCUGUUCUCACGAGGCACAAUGAACGUCGCAGACCUUACAGCAGAGGACCGUGUAACCAAGUCCACAAUCGUCAAGGUCAUAAACACCAUCAAGAGCACGAUCCUCGAUGUCGACGACGAAUGGGUGAACCGCCACCUAACUUUCUUCAAGUCAAUCGAGCAGAUUACAGACACCGAGGUCGCACUAGCCUUGAAGUUCGGCUCAGACAUAUACAUCUCGUCGUGGCUCAACUUCGGCGCUGAUAUCAGCUGGGGCAUACCUGGCACCGAUCUAGGCAAGGACUCCCUGGCUGGUCGACCCGAGUUCAUCAGACGAUCUUACGGUCCGGGCGAUGGCGGUAUGAUCUUCCUUCCGCGUCGGAGGCAAACUGCGAACCAAGAGGAGGCGCCGUUUGAGAUCCUCGUGCGACUUGCUGAAGAAGACAUGACGCGUGUGCUCGAAGAAGAGGGCGGGCUGAGCUGUUGGGCCGACGCGGUGAUUGAAUGAACGGUGAACACUAUCGUUUGUUCAUUGGUAUGUUUCUGUUGCCUUCUUCUGGGUAAUGCGAGUUUGGUGCACCGGUACACCAAACUGUGGAUGACGCUUACGGUAUCUCGUUUCGAUAUGACGGUAUUGGGUAUGUUUAUCUGGUGUUGAUUUCGGUUAAUGAUUUGGGUCGGACAUUUGAUAUCCUGUACAAUUAGCUUGCAUUGGGUGGU